GAAUAGUCUGCUCUUCGUGCAUAGAGCAGCUCUGUUAGAAGCAGCAAAAGCCAGGCUAAGAUUACUAAAGAAAGCGUGCCCAAGACUGUGAAGUUCCAACCCUUCAUCCAAGAAGAAGCCUUAGUUAGUAUACACAAUGAAACUGAGGAGAUGAUUGCCAAUGUUCUUGGGGUAGAAGUUUUUAGGCAGACAAUUGCUGGUAACAUUCUUGUGGACAACUAUUGUGCCUUCUCCAAUAAAGGUGGCCUGGUCCAUCCUCAUACAUCCAUUGAAGACUUGGAUGAACUUUCAACCCUCUUUCAGGUCCCUUUGGUGGCAGGGACUGUGAACCGUGGUAGUGAAGUGAUAGCCGCUGGCUUGACAGUUAACGACUGGACAAUGUUCUGUGGAUCAAAUACUACAUCAACAGAAUUGUCAGUCAUUGAGAGUGUCUUCAAGUUGCGAGAUGGUGAUGUCGGAAUUUCAGGAGAUGGCUACAGGUGGCGCAAGUAUGGACAAAAAAUGGUAAAGGGAAAUCCUCAUCCCCGGGUCAAGCUUCAGAAUAGGCGCUGCUGAGACGUCAUUCAUCUGAAGAAUUGUUUGGGGUUCAGAUAUGUAGGGCAUAUCCUGACACAGUUGCACGGAUAGUUGAACUUAUAGAUCAGGAAUGUACAGUGGACUUCAUCGAUAUCAAUAUGGGGUGCCCAAUUGAUAUUGUUGUUAACAAAGGUGCUGGAUCAACUCUUCUUACAAAACCAACGCAUAUGAAAAGCAUUCUACAAGCAGUUUUUGGUACAAUUGAUAGACCUAUUACUGUCAAGGUACGAACAGGUUAUUUGGAGGGAAAAAACCGCAUUGAUUUGUUAAUUGAAGAUAUUGGAAAAUGGGGAGCCAAUGCGGUAACGAUACAUGGGCGAUCACGUCAGCAAUGCUAUAGCAAGCUUGCUGAUUGGGAAUACAUUUACCAGUGUGCAAGAAAGGCUCCCGAUGCUUUGCAAGUCCUGGGGAAUGGUGAUGUCUUUACAUAUUUAGACUGGAACAGGCACAAGUCUGAUUGCCCUAACCUUUCUACAUGCAUGAUUGCUCGUGGAGCAUUAAUUAAGCCUUGGAUAUUUACUGAAAUCAAGGAGCAGAGGCACUGGGACAUAAGUUCUGGGGAACGUUUAAAUAUUCUGAAGGAGUACGUUCGCUUUGGACUAGAUCAUUGGGGUUCUGAUGCUAAAGGA